AUGGACAAUCGAAAACCGGAAACACUACCACCACCACCGCCAAUACCUCCAAAAGGUGUGCCGGAAAAAUUCGGCAGAAAUAGUAAAUGUCUUCCUAUGGCCAAGCGGGGAUUGGGUUCGAGAGGACAAAACAUAUCACUCUUGACAAACCAUUUUAAAGUCUCCGUAUCAAAAACCGAUGGAGUCGGGCGAAAGAUCCUCGGCCAGGUCUACGAGACCUACAAAACCGAGCUUGCUGGCAAAAGAUUCGCAUACGAUGGUGAGAAAAGCUUGUUCAGUGUGGGUCCUCUGCCUCACAACAAGCUCGAAUUUACUGUGGUCAUGGGUACUGGGAAUCGUAGUCCGGAAGCUGAUGGUAGCCCAAGUGAAAGUGAUCGUAAGAGAUCAAGAAGGCGGCCUCAUAGCAAAACAUACAAAGUGGCCAUUAACUUUGAUGCCAAAAUCCCAAUGUCUGCAAUAGCAAAUGCUCUUAGUGGCCAUGAGACCAAACAUUUUAAGAGACUGUGA